AGCUUGAUUGUUAUUGGGUUUUUAUUUUUCCCCGGUUGCUGAGCUUAAGCAGCUCUUCCUUUCUGUCGUCUCUUGACUUGCACCCGUUUAGUUUCUUCCUUCACCAGGGCACUGCAACUUGACCUCCGGCUGGUGGAGCUGGGGCGGCCUGGGGGGUGCAGGGUGCGGGGUGCAGGGGAUGACUGGGGACAGGCGCUGGGCCUGCCCCCGGGGCUGCAGCGGUUAGGGGGGUGCGCAGGGGGUCCCCGAGGGUGUGCAGGGUUACCGGGGGACACCCGUGGGGUGGAGGGAGGAGAGCGGCUGACGGAGGACGCUGCGGCGCUUGGCGAGGCCUGGGGGCCUGGCGUGGGCGGGGCCUGCACGGAGCGUGGGCGGGGCUUGUCCGGGGCGGGGCCUUUCCGGGAGCGGGCCGGGGCCAGUCUCGCCGAUGGCGCCGCGGGCCCCGGGGCGGUUCGGGCCGCUGCAGUUGGCGCUGGCGGCGGCGGGGGCUGCGGCGGCGGCGCUGGACGUGUUCGCGGACGGGUGGGUGGCGGCGGGGUACGCGCGGGGCGGGCAGCCCGGCCGGGCCGCGCUGGCGCUGGCGCUCUUGGCCGCCGCCUCGGUCGCCACCCAGGCCUGCAGCUGGUUCUGGCUGCGCUCCGAUCCGCCCGAGCUCCGCCCCGCCGUGCCCACGGGGCUGCUCGCCGCCCUGCACCUCCUGCAGCUCGGCUUCCUCUUCAGGUGCCUCCACGCGCUGAAGGUUGGUUGGAAGGUGUGCUGGACGAAGACUGCGGUGGAGGAGGAGCAGAGCCGCAUGGCCUUCCUCUCACACGACAUCAGCAUGCUGCGGCUUUUCGAGACCUUCCUGGAGAACACCCCACAGCUUGUCCUGUUCCUCCACGGAGUCCUGCGGACAAACAAGGCAGAGCCCUCCCAGGGGCUGGGGAUCUGCAUGGCGUUCCUGUGUGUGACCUGGUCUCUGCUGGACUACCACCAGUCCCUGCGCUCCUUCUUGCAGGACAAGUACGAGCUGAGGCUGAGCUCCUCCGUCAUCUACUUCUUAUGGAACCUCUUCCUUCUCUGCCCCCGUGUCCUCGCUGUCACUCUCUUCACCCUGCUCUGGCCAUCUGGCAUGGCCAUCCACUUCCCGCUGGUGUGGCUGGUGAUGUUCCUCUGGGUCAGCCUGCAGGGCACGGACUUCAUGGAGUCUCCAGGCCCCGAGCAGCUCUACCGGGCCACUGUGGCUGUGAUCCUCUACUUCAGCUGGUUCAACGUGGCACCGGGGAGAACGCUGGGCCGCAGUGUCAUCUAUCACAGCUUCAUCCUGGCAGAUAGCACGCUGCUGGCUUUGUGCUGGCUCUGGGGCCAGUCACCCUCAGACGAGCACUCGUACCUCGUCCUGCUGCUCGGCGCCGCCCUGCCCUGCUACCUGCUGGGGCUGCUGCUGAGAGUUGCCUACUACAAGUGGCUGCACCCCAACGCGUGGGCACAGCGGGAGGGCGGCCACGAUGAGGUGGAUGCCAACAGACUGAAGUUGCGCUCGACCUCAGCGCCGGCCCUCGUGAACAGGAGGAUGCGGUGCCUGGCCCAAGCACAGUUCCCCGUUUGCCAGUGAGUGUGGUGGUGCUUACUGAAUGGAGCAGCUGCCGAGGCUGUGGUUUGAGCCUGCCUCCUCUGGGGUGAGGAUCCGGCUCCUGGUUCUUCCCUCAGGCUGUUCGGGGCAGCUGGAGGGACCUGGCAGAAACUGGGUGAUGUUGCCACCACCCAGUGAGUCCCAGAGCAUCCAGCAUGGCUCCCACUGUGGUGCUGAUGGGGAGAGCUGUGGUGUUUGUGGAGGGAACCAGCGCAUUGUGGCCGCACUGCACUGUCAAUUUGUCUUUUGUUUGUAGCUUUUCCCAAAAAAAAACCCCAGAAAAGCAGGAGGUUAUUAUCUCUCUCUGCCUGUUGCUGCUCUGGGUGGAUGCUGGUGGAGGAGAGCACGUUCCCUCCUUGGCAGUGGCUGAGCUGUUUCCGGCUGGGAUUUUCCUCCUGCUGUUAAGGUUGAAGAUCGCCCGCGAUCGCCCUGUUGAUUGGGACAGGGUGGAGGUGACGACUCCCCGGUGCUGGGAAAGCCCAGGAGUGCCCGCACCCUGGGGAGGGGGUUAUGGGACAGCACAGGGUCAGGGGGCAUGAGGGGUUUUGGCUCUUUGGAAACAGCAAAGCCCUUUCCAGUGCAGAUUCUCCAUUCACUGUGCCUGUUGCCAAGUGGGACGGAGCUGAAGCCUCACACUGGGAGCUGACAUCUGUGGCCUGGGCUGGGCUGGUCACCGCUCUGGCCCCUGACUGUCGCUUUUCUCGGUCAAGCAGCAAAUACUGUUUGUGAGGUGGGGGUGCUGGGGUGCAGCAGAGCCAGUGGACCAUCCUCCCAGGCCCGGUGUCACAAGAGAUGUGUCGCUGCCUGCGCCCGCGGGGAUGUCCGAGGACAGGCUGAAGCACUGACUCUAGAAAAAUAAAGACUUCUUUUUUUUUCCCCA